AUGGAGGAAAUUAAUCCGUUAUUUCUGGAUCCCGAUUGUAUGGUUUCAUUGAAACGGAUAACAAAUGAAUCGCAAGAGAAUGAUAAUGGGGUUGAGAGUCAGUCGAAUGAAUGUACCAACCAAACUCAAUUGGAGACCAACGAGAAAUCAAAAAAGGAACGUAUAAAAUGUCCGGAAUGCAAUCGUUACACGGCUGAAAAUAACGAACAACUAACACGGCAUAUUCGCAAGCAACAUAGAGGUGAAAAUCCAUACCAAUGUUAUAUGUGCGACUACAGUACAUACAACAGUGUAGUAUUCGAAGAACAUAUAAGAAUACACAAAGGAAUUAAGCCGUUCACAUGCAAAUACUGCCCGCACAGCAGUGCUUCCAAGAGAAACUUGCAAAAGCAUGAACUAAUACAUCGUCCGGAUAAUCCAUUGAAAUGCAACAAAUGUAAAUACAUAGCAAGACACCAGAAAGGACUUGACUGGCAUUUGAGAAAGUUCCACGAUAAGAACGAUGACGAUAAAUGCCAAUACUGCAAUAAAUUGUUCACAAGUGCCAGCGGUCUGGCCAAACAUUUGUCGGUGAUGAAGAAGUGUGAAGAAUGUGAUUAUUUAAGCUGUUCCAAGCAUUUGAUAGAUUUACACGGUGUUAAACAGCAUGGAUGGCUUAAAAAUGAUAAGGGAAAGAAACCGAAUAGCUUUGAGUGUGCUGAAUGUUCUUGGUCAUCGAGUAGCAAGCUAAAAAUUAUGCUGCAUUUAGUACAUCAUCCUAAUCAAACAGUUAAUGAGAGUUUUCUAGAUGUUUCCAUAUUAAGGAAGUAUGGUAUUAUGAAAUAG